AACAUAUUGUGAUACACGUUACGUUACAUAUGUUCCCACUUGUGUCAGUAGUGCCGACUUCUGAAGAUCAUCUUGAUGACGAGCUCUUUGCGACUAUGAUGUUUGCUUAUUGUUAAAGUUCACAUUGAUAAUAACAAUUAACAAGCAUAGCAUUCUACACGCGUCCCUGUCAGCUGUGCCAUCUGUGGAGCUAAAGACUGUUUUCAAUGUUUUCAAGGGGUACGGUGUAUGCCGAUCUGUUGCUGCUGCUGUGAAUCUCUCAAAGUAGUUGCACUGAUCAUAAUAUGUUGCGAUUCGACUGCUGUGUGUUGUGUUAAAAGUGGUGACAGGUGGAUCCACAUGAAGUCAAUAACAAUGCAAAAAGUAGCAGCAACGAAAGCACAAAACUACAAGAAAACGACAACUCCAGACACCCAUCGACUUCUUCAUGACAACAAUGAAGUUCAACAUGAAACACUGGCAGGGCUCCGUCAUAUCUGACCAAUACUGUAACAUGCGAGGGGGAAACACUGACAUACCAACAGAAAGCAAAAACAACAACUCACAAAUGAUACAAUUGAAAACUUUAAAAAAGGACACAAUCGGAACAUGGAAGUCGAUUGGGGUUAACUCUUUCCCAUUUGUCAACUGGCAACGUUACCAUUUGUCUUUGACCUUUUCUCAAUCCUUGUGCGUAUAGCGGCUGAGCAGGUGAACUUUCCUCAUGACCAAACAAGUAAAGAACUGCAUACCGUAUCUAUGUACAUCCCAGCAUACUUCUCUCCUUGCAUUUUGUCAUAUACAUUUAGCGUAUGAAGCGAAAGUAACUAUAUUUUGUUGGACAAUAACUGUGUGAAAGCAAUGUACAAUCAAUCUGAUACACUUUAGUCCUGUGAAUACUCUCCAUGUGCUAAGGAAUUAUCACCACUAGGUGGCAAUGUCAUCCCAGUUUCCUGGGAUGAGCAUUCGGUGGUCCUGCCCCUUCUGGAAUGGUUUUGUUCAAGUCAUCAGAGGAGACGGAACCUUCACGAGAGACGGAUGUUGCUGUCGUUUCAUUCCUGUUUUGCCUUCGGUUUUGGGAUGAAUUCAAGAUACAUAUUGUGUCCGUUUGGAGGUUUCAAUCUUCUGUGGAAUUAGGACUCGAGUGCUGUAAUCCAAGCUGGGAGGAUGGGAGCAGCAGGACAAAGGCGAGGACUCUGUCUCUGCGUCAUAUUGGUUUGUUUGGAGCAGGUUGCAGCACAGAUCAAAUAUUCCAUCGCGGAGGAAGUCAAAGUGGGAACCGUGGUGGGAAACGUGGCCAGGGAUCUGGGACUGGACGUGGGCUCGUUGGCGGAGAGACGUUUUCGCAUUGUUUCAGGCUCAGAGGGGGCUCAGUUUGAGGUAAAUGCAAACAAUGGCGUUCUCUUUGUGCGGAAAAGCGUCGACCGAGAGGAGCUCUGUGAGGGCGUCUCGCCGUGUUUAGUGAGGCUGAAAUUAGUCGCAGAGAAUCCCAUGGAAAUACAUCACGUGGGCGUAGAAAUUUUAGAUAUUAAUGACAAUUCGCCCACUUUUCAAGAGGUAGAGAAGAUUUUUGAAAUCUCAGAGUCUACGCCUAUUGGAAAACACUUCCAAUUACCAAUCGCACAUGAUCCAGAUGGUGUUGUCAAUACGGUGCGUGCGUACAAAUUAAACACAAAUGAAUAUUUUAAUUUACAAAUUCGAGAGAUAGGAGAUGACAAGAUACCCUUUUUAGUCAUACAAAAGUCUUUAGACCGAGAAAAACACGCUGAGCACAGACUUGUUCUCACUGCAUUUGACGGUGGAAAUCCACCAAGAUCUGGAAGUCUUAAUGUCACCGUUAUCGUGCUUGACGCUAAUGAUAACCACCCGACAUUUAAACAAGAGUUGCAUUCCAUCACUUUGUCGGAAAAUGUCAAAUUGGGCACAAGCGUUAUCAAGGUGGAAGCAACUGACCCGGACGAAGGAUUAAACGGCGAAGUUGAAUAUUAUUUUGGUGGAGAACUUGACUCUGAAAUCUAUGAAAUGUUCAGUUUGGAUAAAAACACGGGUGAAAUAAGAGUAAAAGGUCAAAUUGAUUUUGAGAAGGUUGACGUUUACAAAUUAGACGUCCAUGCUACCGAUAAAGGACACCCUCCUACGACAACCGAUUGCAGGGUGAUCAUUAAAAUCGUUGACGAAAACGACAACCAGCCCGAAAUCGACGUGACAUCUUUGUCAAAAACCGUAGCGGAAGAUUCCAAACCUGGGACUGUCGUUUCUCUUAUAAGCGUCACAGACAAAGACGUCGGACUGAACGGCAAAGUCAUAUGUAGUCUUUCACAAAAUGUCCCAUUCGAACUAAAACCUUCCUUUCAGGAUAACAUGUACUCGUUGGUUCUGAAAGACAGACUGGAUCGAGAAUUAGUGUCGGAUUAUGACAUCACAAUCACAGCGACAGACUGCGGUCAACCUCCUCUGUCCACUUUUCAAAUUCUGCACGUGGACGUGUCAGACGUUAACGAUAAUAUUCCAACAUUCUCGCACGAUCCAAUCCAACUUUAUUUGCCGGAAAAUAACGUGCCGGGGAACUCCAUCUUUUCCGUCACCGCAUUCGAUAAAGACCUGAAUGAAAACGCAGCGCUGACGUAUCACAUUAAGAGAGGACAAGGAAGUCAAGUGGACAUGUCAACAUUUUUAAGCAUCAACCCUGAGAACGGCGACAUAUCGGCGCUGAAGAGUUUUGACUUUGAGACGCUGAAAAGCUUCCAGUUCCAGGUGUCGGCCACCGACGGCGGAAGUCCUCCGCUGAGCGGCAACGUGACAGUGAAGGUGUUCAUUCUGGAUCAGAACGACAACGCUCCGGUCAUCCUGUAUCCGCUCAGCUCCAACGGUUCCGCCCGAGGCGCGAGGAGAUUCCCCGCAAUGCCAAAGCGGGAGACUCGGUGACUAAAGUCCGAGCCUACGACGCCGAUACGGGAUAUAACGGCUGGUUACUGUUUUCGCUGCGGCCGCUCGGCGAGCGCGCUCUCUUUUCUUUGGACCGCUAUACGGGCCAGAUCAGAACACUUCGCCCGUUCACGGAGACGGA